CAUUUCUUUUCUAAGAUAUACAGUAAAAGCAAGAGGGAGACAGUUCAAUAGUAUUUAACUAUACUAUUAUCCCCAUAUGACUCAAACCAGAAACGUGACGACGUGGACACAGUCUCCACCUCUUAUUGCUUGUGGCGAUGUUUAGGCCAUGACAUAAUUAUUACUCCAAAAAAUUCUGCCCAUCCUAACACUGCCCAGGUCGAUUGCAAGUUUGCAACUAGAUAACGGAUAAGGAAACAAACCAGAAAAGGGGAAAUGAAUGGACUAAGCAUCAAGUUAGCUAUAGUUCCAAUUGUCACGAUGCUGUGCAUAUGUAAAGCAAUCACCAACCUUCACCCUGUGAUCCUGGUACCAGGGAGCGGCGGUAACCAACUCGAAGCGCGGCUAACAACUGGUUACAAGCCCUUGAACCUCUUAUGUGACCGGUGGUACCCACUUUGCAAGGAUAAAGAAGGAUGGUUCAGACUAUGGUUCGACCCCAGUGUGCUACUGGGUCCAUUCACCAUGUGCUUUGCUCAACGUAUGAUGCUUUAUUAUGACCCCGAUUUAGAUGAUUACCGCAAUGCUCCAGGGGUUGAAACCAGGGUGCCUGAAUUUGGCUCUACUGAGCCCCUUCUUUACCUGGACCCUAAUCUCAAGCACUUCACAGCAUACAUGGCACCGUUGGUAGAGUCCCUGGAAGAGAUUGGUUAUGUUAGUGGUGAAAACUUGUUUGGAGCUCCAUAUGACUUUCGAUACGGGUUAGCAGCUGAAGGCCACCCAUCCCAUGUGGGCUCCAAGUUCUUGCAAGACCUAAAAGAUUUGAUAGAAAAAGCGAGUGCUUCCAAUGGAGAGAAGCCAGUGAUUCUCCUAUCCCACAGCUUAGGAGGCCUGUACGUACUCCAACUUCUCAACCGAAAUUCACCCUCUUGGCUUCGAAGAUUUAUCAAACACUUUGUCGCACUUUCAGCUCCUUGGGGUGGCACAGUUCAAGAAAUGCUCACUUUUGCUUCUGGGAGUUCUUUUGGAGUGCCUCUGGUUAAUCCAUUGCUUGUGAGGGGAGAACAAAGGAGCUCCGAAAGUAACCUCUGGCUCAUGCCUUCUCCUAAGCUAUUUGAUCCUGGAAAAGUUCUUGUUAUUACUCCAAACGAGGCUUAUUCAGCUCAUGACAUCCCACAAUUUUUGAAUGACAUUGGAUUUCCAGAAGGGGUGAUUCCUUAUAAAUCAAGAAUCCUCCCCUUGACUGAAGCAUUAACCGCUCCUAAUGUUUCUGUUACAUGCAUAAUUGGGACAGGUGUGAAGACUCCGGAGACUUUGUUCUACGGGAAAGCAGGGUUUGAUGAGGAGCCAGAGGUAGUUUAUGGGGAUGGAGACGGGACAGUGAACUUGGUGAGCCUGUUAGCACUCGAGUCAAUAUGCGGUGCUGACAACAAAAGCCAACCACUUAAGGUAAUAAGAAUCAGUGGGAUUUCUCACACUUCGAUACUUGAAGAUAAUGUUGCACUUGGUGAGAUAGUAGGGGAAAUUUCUUCAAUCAAUUCCCAUGCCGAGGUCCAAUUUGCAUAGACCACAAACAAUCAAACAAUUCAGUCUCCAAAUUGGACAGCAGCACAAACUUUUAGAUAUUCUAUUGUUCAAUCAAAAUACCAUAGAUAAUGACAAAAAGCUAGCAUUCGUUUUGCAUUUUGGUGCAACUGCAGCUUUUCACCACUACCUAUUUCGGUGGAAAUAUUUUGUUUUUCUCUGUUUCUUUUCUAUUUAAAUAGCCUACGUAGAGAACAUGAAAGCUUUGGCCUUUGGGUCUAAUUGCUCCAAAGGAUGAGCAAAUACUGCAUUGAUUCAAUUCGGGGUUUAUGAUUCGAGUUUUAUUAGCUGCCAAAUGAAAAAUAGCAAGCUGAAUCCCGAGUUUAUCUUUGUUCAUGAUUUCAUGUAGUAACCGGUUAAAAGAUAAUUUAGUAGGAUUGAGAUUC